AACAAAAAAAAGAACAUAUUAAUGGGCCGGGUAAAAGCUCCAAGAAAAGGCCCAUUAAUCGAAUCAGCAUCCGCUCGCCUCUUCUCCUAUUUAAACCCUCGCCUUCCCGCUCGCGAUGGCUCUCCCCCAUCCAAGAACUCCACGAACAACAAAGACCCAAGAAAGAAAGAGACAUCAGAGAGGAGAGCAACAUCGCGAGGGAAUCAAGAACAUCCGAGAGAAUCAAUCAGCGGGUGUAGAGAAGCGAUCGCAAGAAACCUCAGCAACCAAGAGAGCAGGGAGAAGAAGAGAGAGAGAGGGGGGGGGGGGAAUCGAUCGGUAUCGGAGCAGCAAGCAAAUCAAGAACGCAAGAACAGGGGUAGCGGACGCCAAGAAGCAGAGGAGAUAGCAAGCUGCGGGGCUCCGACGAUGGAGCAACCCCUCUACCUCCACAGGUUGGUCCAGGCGAACUGGACGAGGAUGUGCCGUCGAGGCAGAUUCUGCUUCCACUGCCGGUCCCCCUUCUGCCACCAUUGCUGCCCCGAGCAUUGGGAUCGUCACCAUCCGGCAGGAGGUCGCGGCCGAGUCGCUACGAUUGGGUUGCUCGGAAGUGGAGACCCCGCGGCGUUCGCCAAGUACCCCGUGGGUCGCUGGGGGUACAAUUGGAACUAUAUACAGAGAGUGAAAGACUGGAAUCGGGAUUGGAUCCUGUUGAACCCCAGGAUGACACCAUUACAAGGGCGUGGUCGAACCUGCGUUAACUGCAAUCAGAAAAUCGGGGAGUCUUCGGCGAGGUACUGCUGUUUAAUGUGCAAGCAUAACCAUGUCCACCAGGGCAAAGGGAGGGACAUGAUUCAGGCACUUGCAGCAGGAAAUUACUUCCAGAUUCAUCGCCCUGAUCGUUUCUGCACCAUAUGCAUGUCGUCCUUCUGUUCAGCUUGCUGCGCUGAGCACAUUGAGCGACACCAUCCAGAAAAGGCUAACGCUCAUGGCGACCAGAUCAUUGAGGUUGUUCACGUAGAUGCUUGGGCAGCGGUUGCGCCGUCUGUGCUAGUCCCCGAGGAUGUCCUUCAUGGUGUUCAGGUCGUGCAUGCUGGUGGUGGAGCUCUGGUUUACCCUGUCAUGAGGUUAGAAGCUCCUCCUGCAGUUCAGCAUGUGGGCGACGUCCCUUGGCAGCAUAACUGCGGCGCACCCGGUUGCCAUGAGAUGAUUCUGGUGCAAGCACAGUUCUGUUGUUUGCGUUGCAAGGCUGCAGUUCAUUGGGCAGCUUAGAUCUUAGUUCUCUCCGUGCUUGGCAGUUACAGAUCAGGCUUAGCUGUUGGCCCUUUGUUACUGUAGCAAAUGUGGGAUAGUGCACUUGACUGUCUCAGUGUGUCUGAUCUUUUUCCCUGCUGCCUCUUGUCUGCACAAGAUGCAGUCAUUCAUCUGAAGCUCCUGUGAAUUCUGUGGUGCAUAAAUAGAUGCAAAGAACCAUCAGAGAUCCCUAGAUUUUGCUGUUGA